AUGUUGUGCCUGGCUAACAGUGAACAAAACUGUUGCAUCACUGCGACUGUUUUUAGACCCAAUCCGACACUGAAGACUCAGGUAGAGAUGGAGAAGCGUAGAGGGUCUGGGGUCUCCAAGAGUCCUGACUCUUAUCUCCGUCAGCCUGCCCGGGUGCUAGUGGUGGACGCGCUGCCUCCCUGGUGGUCCUCUACCCGCCGGGUGCUCUGUGAGGCCUUGGAGAACGUGCUGGCUCUGGCUGCAGCUCUAGAGGGGCCCAGCCGUAUCCCCCUGCUCAGUGUGUAUGCCGUCAGCCGGCAGCAGGAGUGCCUGCUGCCCUUUGUGCCGGUGCAAGGGAACCUAGUGCGCCUCCACUCAUGUGUGGAGGAGUUGCGCUCGCUCCCAGGGGAGGGCUGCGUGCGCAGGGCCCACACCGGAGCACAGCUCAUGGGACAGGCUGUGACGGACAGUCUGCAACAGUACAAGCAGUUCCAAAGACACCAGGCCAAGCAAAGCAACUGCUGUGUGGAGGUGACGGUGCUGACCAGCCAGCCCGGACUUUCCACGCUUCGACAGUUGGAGCUUCGACUGAGAGAGACAGACCUGUUGUCACUGAAAAGGCUGAUGUUAGUCCACAUCCUUCACAGCUCUGCAGACAGGAGCCGGGGCAGUCCCCCUGCUGAUGCGAGCCCCACUGAGGUUGCUGAAGGACAUACUUUUGUGGUGAAGGCUCAUGCGUCCCCUGGUGUAGUGGGGGGCUGUUUUGUCCUCACAUAA